UAUGUUCCAAAUUCCAAGUUCCAAGUGAAUCAAGUGUUAUCAUCGAAAACUCUAGAGUCGAAAUUUUGAGGUUACUUUCUGAAGGGAUUUCAACGUUUUAUUUUUUUUAUUGCGUGGAAUUAUUGUGGCAAAAGUGAUAAAAAUUGGAAAAAAGUUAAACGCCCCUAAAAUCAUAUAAUUGAGUUGUUCUUAAUUCAAGAGCAAAAAUGUCUCACACAAUAUUGCUUGUACAACCAGGUAAUAGACCUGAAACAAGAACAUACUCUGAUUAUGAAAGUGUUAAUGAAUGUAUGGAAGGUGUAUGCAAGAUUUAUGAAGAACAUUUAAAAAGGCGAAAUCCAAAUACGCCAACUAUAACAUACGAUAUCAGUCAAUUGUUUGAUUUUGUUGAUCAACUUACAGAUUUAUCAUGCCUUGUUUAUCAAAAAUCCACAAACACAUAUGCCCCAUACAAUAAGGAUUGGAUUAAAGAAAAGAUAUAUGUUUUACUACGUCGAGCUGCAGGACAUGGGAAAUAAUUAAUGAAUAAAUAUACAUCUAUAAUUUUGUGUAUAAUAAAAAUUACCUUUAAGGAAAGAUCUAUAUUAAAGUUUGUAAUAAUAAAUAUAUAAUGUACAGAAAAACUGUACUAUUGUAUAAUCA